AUGGCUGCCGCCGGCCGGCGCGUCGGGCUACUCCUUUCCCUCUUCGCCACCGUCGUUGCGGUAUCUGCUAGCAAUGGCGGAGUUAACAACAGAGGAGUGAGUUACGAUUCUCGCUCGCUCAUCAUUAAUGGAAAGAGAGAGCUCUUGUUCUCUGGCUCCAUUCAUUAUCCUCGAAGCACACCAGAUAUGUGGCCUGGUAUCAUUGCCAAUGCAAAGAAGGGCGGAAUCAACCUGAUCCAAACGUAUGUUUUCUGGAAUGGUCAUGAACCAGUUCAGGGACGGUAUAAUUUUGAGGGGAGGUAUGACUUGGUGAAAUUCAUCAGGUUGAUUCAAAAGGAGAAAUUAUAUGUCACACUUAGGAUUGGACCCUUCAUUCAGGCUGAAUGGAAUCAUGGUGGAUUUCCAUAUUGGUUAAGGGAGGUAAAGAACAUCACCUUUCGAACCAACAACCCUCCAUUCAAGUAUCAUAUGGAGAAAUUUGUGAGAAAAAUUGUUGAUAUGAUGAAGGAAGAGAAGCUCUUUGCUUCUCAGGGAGGUCCUAUCAUCCUUGCUCAGAUUGAAAAUGAAUACAACAUGGUACAAGCGGCAUUUGGGGAAGAUGGCAAGAAGUAUGUACAGUGGGCAGCUGACUUUGCCUUGAGCCUUGGGAUUGGAGUUCCAUGGAUGAUGUGCAAGCAACAGGAUGCUCCUGGACCAAUAAUCAAUUCUUGCAAUGGAAGAAACUGUGGUGAUACCUGGAAGGGACCUAACCAUCCAACUAAGCCUCUUAUCUGGGCUGAAAACUGGACUGCUCAGUACCGAGUUUUCGGCGACCCGCCGUCUCAAAGGUCAGCUGAAGAUCUUGCAUUCUCUGUUGCUCGUUUCUUCUCUAAGAAUGGGACUCUUGCAAACUAUUACAUGUAUCAUGGAGGAACAAACUUUGGAAGAACUGGUUCUGCUUUUGUCACGACACGGUACUAUGAUGAAGCACCUCUUGAUGAAUAUGGUUUACAGAAACAGCCAAAAUGGGGACACCUGAAGGACCUCCACCGUGCUCUGAAACUUAGCAAGAAACCCCUACUUUGGGGUUCUUACAGUUUCAGAAAACUGGGGAAAGAUGUUGAGGCUAGAGUCUAUGACCUUCCUAGUAAGAAAGUGUGUGCUGCUUUCCUCACAAACAAGAAGGCUGACCGAGAUUACACAGUGAGCUUCCAUGGCGUCAACUACUUCUUGCCACGCCAUUCUAUUAGCAUUCUUCCAGACUGCAAGACUGAAGUCUUCAAUACUCAGAGGAUUAAUGCCCAGCACAACUCAAGGACCUUCAUUCGAUUUGUGGAGAGGAAGAAGAAAAAAAGAUGGGAGAUGUACCAGGAUCAUAUCCCCAGAUAUCAUGACAAAGGAAUUGUUCAUAGCCCGGAGCCAUUGGAGCUCAUGAACAUGACCAAGGAUACCACUGAUUACCUUUGGUAUACCACCAGAUUUAAGCUGCAGCAAGAAGACUUGCCCUGGAGGAAAGAUAUUCAUCCUGUGCUCCAAGUUGCAAGCCUUGGCCAUGGUGUGCACGCAUUUGCCAAUGGCCAAUACCUUGGAAACGCACAUGGUAGCAAGAUUGAGAAGAGCUUUGUCUUACAAAAAGUCAUGAAUCUGAAGCGUGGAACCAACCACAUUACCAUCCUAGCCAUGACCGUUGGUUUCCCAGAUAGUGGUCCUUACCUUGAACGCCGGCUUGCUGGAAUUCGCUCGGUCGCCAUCCAAGGCCUUAACACAGGUACCCUGGAUCUCACUGCCAAUGGUUGGGGCCAUAAGGUUGGCUUUAGAGGAGAAAAGCUCCGGAUCUACUCAAAUGAAGGAGUCUCCAGAGUUCAAUGGACAAAAGCUAAGAGCAACGUACCCAUUACCUGGUACAAGAGAUACUUCGAUACACCCCAUGGAACCGAUCCAGUCAUCAUCGACAUGAGCACCAUGGCCAAAGGUCUUGUCUGGGUCAAUGGCGAAGGCAUUGGCCGAUACUGGGUUUCAAAUCUCUCUCCUCUGGGGACCCCAACUCAGACUGUCUAUCAUAUCCCUCGCUCAUUCUUGAACCAAACAAAGAACCUUCUUGUUGUAUUCGAGGAAUCUGGAGGAAACCCCGAGGGAAUCCAAAUUUUUACAGUUAGGAGAGACGACAUAUGUACUUACGUGUCUGAAUAUCAUCCUGGUGUUACCAAAUCUUGGUCGAGGAAGGAAGGCCAACUCAGGUCGGUUGUUGAGGAUGUUAAGCCAGAAUCUCACCUCAAAUGCCCAGACAAUAAAGUCAUCCAAGCCAUCACCUUUGCUAGCUUUGGCAACCCCAGCGGCGUGUGUGGAAACUACACCAUUGGAAGCUGCCAUGCUCCACAAACGAAGCUUGUUGUUGAGAAGGUCUGUUUGGGAAAAGCUUCUUGUGUGCUGCCAGUGAAAGGGGAGGUUUAUGGUGCAGAUGCAAACUGUCCAGAAACUACGGCGACGCUUGCAGUUCAGGUCUUUUGUGGCCGUAAGUAG